GUGAUUGUAAUAAUGUUCUAAUCAGCUUAUAAAUAAUAUAUUAAUAUAAAUUUCUAUCGAUAUUCAUUCAACUACAUAUGAUCAAAUGGUUUAUAUUUAUUCAAUAAAAAUUCAUUGUUUAAUCAAAGUGUAACAAUAUUACACCGAUAGAAUGGAUCAAUAUAUAUUUAUCCAAAUAUGAUCAAAUUAAAUCAAUAAUGAAAGGUUACUAAUUCGAUUUGUUUGAACAUCUAAGUGUUACAUAACAAUCUAAUAUUGAUAGAAUAUGGGAACUAAUGUGAAAUUAAUGGAAAUCUGACUUAUGUAUAAAUAGUUUAUAAGUAGUAUAGUUUGAUAUUAAUUACUUUAUUAUUGUUAAUAAUAAUAAUAAUAAUAAUACUAUUGAUGGAUGAACUUCAACGUCUUUAUGAACAUCAAACAAUGAUGGCCAUCAGAAUAUAUUCAUUUUUAGAUAAUAUAUUAACUCAUUUACCAUCAUCACAUACUAAUAACAAUAAUGAUAAUGAUAUUGAUACAGUUCAUUCAUUGAAUAAUACACAUAAUUCUAUGAAUACUAAUGAUUAUAUAAGUAGUAUGUUAUCUACACAAGUGAACAUGGAUCAUCAUCUUCAUCAGCGGCAUCAACAAUAUCCAUAUACUACUACUACUACUACUACCAAUGUGAUGGAUGAGUUAAAUACUUCUGUUGGAGAUAUAUUUCCUAGAACAUAUGAAAAUACACAAACAUUAUCAUCAUUAUCCUCUUCAUCAUCAAUAACAUCAGUUUCAUCAACAUGGUUAUUAAAUGAUAUGAAUGUGACAACAAUAUCUAAUCCACAAAUUUAUUCAUCUACCUUAUAUGAUACGAUUAAUAAUCAUACAAUAAAUAAUAUUAGUAAUAAUAAUAAUGAUGAUUAUAAUGAUUCAAUAUCAAAAGAGAUUCAACCUGGAGGUUAUUGUGAAGAAAUAUUCAUUUAUUUAUCGAAUAGUGAAAGACAAGAAUAUUUGUGUACAAUAUGUUACAUGAUACUUAAAGAAGCUUAUCAGUGUCAAAACCAGCAUAAAUUUUGUUAUGGUUGUAUAUAUACUUGGUCUACUGGACCAACAACUGGUCAUGAUAGUUGUCCAGUAUGCAGAUGUGAUGGUUUGUAUGCAAAGAAUUAUGAUUUAAACGAAAGAAUCAAUAAAAAACGUAUUCGAUGUCCAACAGAUGGUUGUAAUUGGAUGGGUUCAUUAAGUGCAUAUCAACAACAUGAACAUCGACGUUAUAGUCCAUAUGAAUUAGAUUUAUUAUUAAUAGAUUGUAAAAAAGAUCAAAUGAAAUCAUCUUCAUCAUCAUUACUUCCAAUAACAACACAAAAUCAAAUGGUACAUAAUAAAGAAAUACCUAUAAAAUUCAAUGAUAUACCACAGAGAAAUGAAUUAUUACAAAUCAAUAAUAAUAAUAAUAAUAAUAAUAAUAAUAAUAAUAAUAAUAAUAAUAAUAAUAAUAAUAAUAAUAAUAAUAAUGAUAAUAGCUCACUACUUCACAAUAAUCAAAUGAAUUUGAAUCUUGGACAAGUACCUACUGUAUGUGAACCAAUAAGUCAAUCAACUGAUCAAUUAUCUGAGACUUCAGCUCAAAGAUUGUUAACAACAACAACAACGGCAACACAAAGACAAAUACGGCCAUUAAGAAAUGGGAAUAGGCAAAGACAGAGUAGAAUUCAAAAUCGAUCCAUUUUAAGUACAAGUGAGAGUGUAAAUCAAUCGGAAAAUAAUAAUAAUAAUAAUAAUAAUAACAUGGAAGAAACAAGGAUAAAUAAUUUACAUGGAACUACUAACCAUACACGUACGCAGGGAUUACAAAGUGAACAACAUCAACAAAGAAUUUUAAACACACCAGUUCAUUCAAGACGAACAAGAUCACAUGUAGCAUCAAAUACACAUAUAAAUCAAACAGCAAAUAAUAUUGGACAUAGACAACGAAUUAAUGUAAGGGAUUCUAGAAUACGUGUUGAAAGAUUACCUAAUUUAAGAAGACAACGACAGAUAAGAAAUGAACAAAUACAACAAUCAUUAACUCAUGCAUCCACUCAAGAAUACGAUAAUGAAUUUAAUUCGACUGAAAUAAAUAGCUUACUUAAUGUGAAUUCCAAUGAUAUUCACAGUCAAUGUUUAGAAGAGGAUUUUAUGGGAGAUCAUACCGAGUUAAAUGUAACGGAUCAACAUUCAGAUAAUCAAAUUAAUCUUCCAGCUAUCAGAUUUAAUGAAACACUCACUUGUAAUUUAAAUACACAGCCGUUACAUAAUAAUAGUAAUGAUGAUAAUAAUAAUAAUAACACUCAGACACUUUUAAUAAAUAAUUCAGUACAACGAACAAAUCGACCACUUGAGUUUCGACGUCUAGUUCCUCAAAGACAAAGAAGAGUAGUUGAACAAUUAAGAGAAACACGUGAACAAUUAGCUGCAAUGCUUCGUCUUAUGACUAUGGAAUUAGAAGAAAGACAAAAUCGUGUUUUAAUUCCAAAUCUAGAUAAUAGUACAAGAACUCGACCGUUAAGAAAUCCAAAUAAUUUAUUUUGUGAAAAUACGGAAGAUAGUACGCCUACACCAUAUGUGAAUAAUACAGUAAAUCGUGAGUUAACGGAAUAUAACAAUCUGCAUACUUCAAACACUCCAAGAAAUGUUCACAGAACAAAUGUAUAUAAUAAUGAUAUGCAAGAGAAUUAUUACACAUCUCAGUCAAUUAAUUCAAACAUUCUUAAUUCAGUUAACAGUAACAAUACUAGAGACUUAUCGCGAACACUUCUUACACCGACCUACAGGGAGCAAACUAUUACCAAUCCUUUCGCUAAUUUCAAUUCCCAACAUAAUAAUAAUAAUAAUAAUAAUAAUAAUAAUAAUAAUAAUAAUAAUAAUAAUAAUGGUAAUAAUCAGUACAACACACCUGUAACAUCAACAACUAAUAUAACACUAACGUCUUCAUCCCCAUUAAUUUCAACAACACGAUUAUUAGCAAGAUUACGUUUGAAUGCAUUGCAGCAAACAUCCCCAAUAGUUUUCUUUACGUCGAACAAUAAUAAUAAUAUUACUGGAAAUGUAAAUUCAUCUAAUAGACAGGAAAUUUUAUCAUCAUCAUCAUCAUCACUGACAACUACAAUGUCAUCUUUAUUGACAGGUGAUAACAGUAACAAUGAUAAUGAACACAAUCAUGACGUCAGUGAUGAUGAAACAGACUGA